CCUCCUUCUAUACCUUCCAUGCCGUCCGUGUACGUAUCUAUUAUAGCAUAGGCAUGCCUGCCUAACUCCACAUCCUGAGCAUGGCAGGCCAAUACCCAAUGUCCACAUGUCCUGGUGCCUUAAUAUAAGUUGUGUCCGGUUCCGAGCCAUCGAUCAGUAGCUGGAUGAGUGGUCGAACCCGAUGCCGCAUUUUCCGCCUCGAACGAGCUAACUAGACCAGCCUAGCCGCCUUCCCAGAUCUGUGCUGUACUGUCGUCUUGGGUUGGGUCGGGGCGUGGAUUGCGUUUGACGGGUGGGACCAUGUCGGCUUCUGGCCUUCGCGGCUUAUCCCAUCUGUGGCGACCGCUCUGGCGUCACCGAGCUCCACCCACCCCACCGGCCACUUUGGCCUGCUCGAGCAGCCCCAUUGGUCAGCCCACACCGCUCACGCACGGCCAUUUGUUCGGGGAUGCGGAUGAGGUGUGCCCCGGCAUCCCUCGCGCCGAGUUCGGUCAACGGCGUUCCCGCCUGGCUCAACGGAUUUUGGCCGGGCCCGCUGCCACCAAGUCUUUAGGUCGGGCCUCGCCCUUGACGCAUGCCCGGUAUCAGCACCAUGUAAUGGUGAUUCCGGCGGCCCGCCGAAAAUAUAUGAUCGAUCGCAUUCCGUAUUUUUUCCGGCAGGAUACGGACUUUCGCUAUCUGACGGGUUCACUGGAACCGGAUGGGGCCCUCAUCAUUGCCAUUGGCCCGGAAAGUCAGGCGUCCACGCUGUUUGUUCGCGACGCCAACGCGCGCGAGGCCAUGUGGGAAGGCGCGCGAACCGCCGUCACCGAGGAGAGCCGUGCUCAUUUUGGUCUGGAUCAAAUACUGCCCUUGUCUCAUCUGUCCAACUUCCUGUCCAGCUACGCCAAAACUCAUGUGGAGUAUCUACUCUGGUACGACUAUUUGAAUCCCACCCAUGACGAGCUGCACAAAGUCGUGUUGGAUUUCAUGCAUGGCGGAGGUCAUCAGGGCAUUGAGUCCCCCCGGUCGGAUAUCCAAGCCCUGCGAGUGAUCAAAUCCGAGGCGGAAGUGGCGCUAAUGCGACGAUCCUGUGAUAUUGCCGCUCAGUCCAUUGCCACCACCAUGAGUCGAUCGCAACGACUCAAGACUGAAGCCGAAUUCUUUGCCACUGUCGAUUACGAAUGUCGCAUGCGGGGCGCUGAGUAUUUAGCUUACCCGCCGGUCGUGGCUUCCGGUGAUAAUGCUAAUGUGAUACACUAUACCCAAUGCACGCAACAAGUUCAAGCGGGGGAAUUGAUCCUCAUGGACGCGGGCUGUGAAUUACACGGUUAUACGAGCGAUAUCACUCGCACUUGGCCCGUCCGAGGCGUGUUCUCAGAACCGCAAAAGGUGUUAUACGAGAUGGUACUCGACGUCCAGCAGCGGGUGCUCCAGAACCUUGAGCAAGUCGGUCAAGCCACGGUGGAUUCACUCUUCAAGGAAAUGCAAGGUUACCUUCAGGUGGGAUUGCAGUCUAUCGGGUUGAUCCCUUCGUCGGAUUCGCCAUAUCACAUGAUGUCGAAAGUUCAGACGUUCUGUCCUCACCAUGUGAGCCACUAUCUAGGCAUGGAUGUCCACGACACGGCCCUGGUUUCCAAGUCCAUCAACUUCAAGCCGAAUAUGGUGAUAACUGUGGAACCGGGCCUAUAUAUUCCACAGAGUAUGAAAUCGGUUCCCGAGGAAUUCAGAGGCAUCGGCAUUCGAAUUGAAGAUGAUGUACUCAUAACCUCAAGUGGAUAUGAAGUCCUAUCCAAGUCUUGUCCAAAGACAAUUGAUCAAAUAGAAAUGCUUAUUCAAUCAUCCACGUCAUCCAUCCAAUAAAAGCCAGAUCCAUUCAGUCUCCCAUGCGAUUACUAUAGAGCUAUUCUUGACUUUUUCAGA